UUCUGAUCUCCGUGGCGGACGGUCGUGCGUCCGAGCCCCCGCGCACACCUGUGGCGCCCAGUGACGCGGCAGACCCGAAGGAUUACAGUGUAUGUGAUCAGUGUUGUGUUAUGAAUGGAAACUGGAUGUGUACAUUUCCGCAGAUACAGAUUCGCGAAUCCUUCAGUGACAUGGAGUGUGUCAGUGGUCUGUGGCAGUGACUUGUAGUGACAGGACUUGUGACAUAAGUGACAAGAUAGUGUUGUGACAGUUAAAAUGUGGAGGUGAUUUAACUGUAGUCAAAGUAAAGUAUGUGCCGUGAGUUCAACAUAAAAAUAGGAAAAUGUACGCCCAAAUUAGGAUAAUACUUGUUGCUGUUAGUGUGGUGGUGUGUACGGCAGGAUUCCAACAGCAAUACUUUAGGGUGGUGCCGCGAAGCCUGAGGGUGCAGGAGGGAGCCGAAGCUGUCCUGGAGUGCGCUGUCGCCAACUUGGCUGGCCAGGUGCAGUGGACCAAGGAUGGGUUCGCUCUUGGAUACUCCUCAGUCAUACCAGGAUACCCUCGGUACGCGAUGUUCGGAGACAGGAGGAACGGUGUCUACAACCUGAGGAUCGUGAACGUCACUCUGGAAGAUGAUGCGGAGUACCAGUGCCAGGUCGGGCCUGCGCAGAUGCACAAAGUGAUCCGGGCUAAUGCCUCCCUCACUGUUAUAUGUAAGUACAUUUAAAUAAUUUUUUCAGGU